AAAUAAGCAACGAUCAAAAAAACAUUCUCAAAAGCGCAUGCCAAUUAUUUUACUGUACAGUAUCUUUACAUUGAAUCAGAAAUGAAAUUCUCAAAAAUAGAUUUUAGUUUGCGGAAGUAAUCCUUUCAAUGGUCGACAUUUACAGGCAGAUAUCCAUCUAUAUACUCUGUACUAGAAGAGAGUCUCUUGGAGUACAAGUAAUUAAAUCUUGUUUAUCAUGGUGUAUUUGUGAAGUACAUGUAUACACAUCUUCAUAAUAUGAAGGAAAAGAACUGCGUCCAUCAAGGAAGUGUGUGAUUUUGAUGCUAUCUUCAAUAGGCAAGAGUUUUGACGUUAUAUAAUAAUAUUCCGUCAGUACUUCUCUGAGUCUCGUAUAUGUAUUUCGUUCCCAUAUUGACAGACAGAUUGUACAUGGUUAUAAAUCUGAAUGGAGAUUAAUGUUGAAUGAACAUAACGAAACGUUAAGAAAGUGAUCGAGCUAUAGGAUUAUCAACUUUCAGAAACCGACAGGGAACUGGAUGUUUUGGAGACAUUUUGAAAAAGGAAAUAUUUUCUUGGAAGAAGACCUAGUAAGUUUCUAGACAAAAAAAAACAGAGAAGGAAUCCUACACACUCGUUUGCUAGUGUGGUUGGGAUAAGAAUGAGAAAAACGUUUUAUUGGAAGAAUGAGCAAGUUUCCGCUAGUUUUUGAGAACAAAAAAAAAAAAAAGAAUCGCCCAUAAUCUUUUGACAAACACCGAACAGACAAAUUAUCGUUGAUUUUUUGGGAUUCUUCAGACGAAUACUUCCAAUUUCUUUGAAAAUUCAAAGGGAAGUACAAUAUGUUUCAAGCCGGAAUAAUUUUGUGAAAGCCAUUUUCUGAUUCUUAUGUGGGUGUUUUUACACGUUUUUCGCUUGGAGUCAGAGGUUUAAGAGUGGAUGUUUCCUAUCUAAAAGGAAUAAAAACUUUUGAAUAAGUUUUGAAUCUUAAUGGUAACGUAGUGAGAAAAAUAACAUUAGUUACGGAUGUUUCAGGCCGAAUCGAUCAAAUUUGAUUAGGAUUUGGAUGCUACAUGAAAACCUUUUGUGUUUCUUGGCCGGAUGUACGCUGCUCUAGAAGAACAAAGUUUUAAGAGGAAUUUGUUAAAAAGUGGAGGCACUCAUUGCGAAACCGUGAUCUGAAAAGAGGGUGCCAGUUUCAAAAGUUGUCGAUACCUGUACGUUCCGUGGUUUGAAAAACAUCAACCAAUACUGAAAUCGAACUACAGGAAGUCAGAAAGGAUUCUAAUCAGGAAAUAACCGGAUGUGAAAGGGGGGAACUUUUUUUCAAAACUAUUUUUUCCGCUUUAGCCAAACAUUUUCAUUUACUGUUAAUUUGAAAACAUGUGAACAUGGAACAUACUCUUCGAGAAACUAUAACUCCUGCAAGGCCAACUUCCCCAAUAAUUGACUCCAGGAAACAAAAUACACUUCCGCAUAUAUGCGUAUACAUCAAUUCGAUCAGGUCACGUUAAAUGUGAUACAAAGUGCAAUUAAUCCAUAUAACGCACACAUUUAAAAUAUCCAGUCGCCAUGGGAAACACUGCGCCUCGCCAUUCGUUUAAGUAUAAUGUCGAGCAAGAUAACUCUUCGGUUGGUAGCACAGAGAGCCAACCAUCCCCGAGAUGUUACAGGUACAACAUGACCCAGGGCAAAAGUCAAGGUCAACACGUGACACCUUCCGUGACGAUGGAAAUGACAUGUGACAACUUACAGCACCUGUGUUGUAGCGCAGACGGCACCGUCUGGGUUUGCAGACGACCUCAAAUUCUUCAACUGGAUCGGAAAGGGCAAACACUGCUGCUCCUAGAGGUCAAGAUAGAGAUUUGUGGUCUCGCCGCCGGUUCGAAAGACGAUCUCAUCUUCACAGACGGGAAAAACAAGCGACUGAUAUACACCCGGUUUGACGGUGACAUCAUCACCAAAAAAGUCAUGUCCACGAACGAUUGGUUUCCAAUCGGCAUUUGCUUCGCGGAAAAUGGCGACAUUGUUGUCGGACUGUUCCUCCCCUCCGCUCGGGGCCGUGUCACCCGAUAUAGCGAAGACGGUGACGUCAUUUCCGCCGUGGAACACGACAACCACGGGGAUCAGUUGUACUCAUUUCCCGCCUUUGUUACCGAAAAUGGAAACGGAGACAUCGUGGUUUCCGAUCAUUUGAGGCGGGCAGUGAUCGUCGUCGACCGGUGGGGACGAUACCGCUUCACGUACACGGCCGAUAAACUCAAUCGUCCAGACGCCGUGCCUUUCCUGCCGUUUGGCGUCUGCUGCGACUCCUUACUGAACAUAAUCGUGGCAGACAGUUGCAAUGAUUGUCUGCAUCUUGUGUCAGUAAACGGCGAGUUUCUGUACAUUUUGCUCAACAAGUCUUCGGGCUUGUAUCGACCAGUGGCUUUAUCCAUGAGCAAGAAUGAGAAAUUGUUCGUUGGAGACAGAAAUGGGAUCAAAAUCUUUAAGUUGGACAGACAGCAAGUGUCUACUGAAGAUAGGAAAAGUUCAAGGUCUAAUAGUUUAUCGUCAUUAGAGAUAAACCGAGUUUCUGGUAGUGGUGAAAAAACACAAAUGUCGGAACGGGUCCGUGUUGGAAAUCAUCCGAGUGGUUCACUAAGCUUACAUCGAUCGUCCACAGAAAAAGGCAUUUCUACAAUGGCUGACUUCGGAAGGAAAGAACAAGUGGCGGUGAAUAUUCAAAAGAGUCAGAGUCUUCGAGGGAACCAGUCUGUCCCAAAUCUAAAUGCCUUUAUAGCAAAACAAAAAGGAGAAGGCGGAAGUGUCAACAAGAAAAUAACACAGACCCCUCAGCAGGUACAUGCUAUGACCAGUCAAAGUACUGCGGUACCUACAAAUAAUCCUAAUCCUUUGCAUUCCUCGAGUACCACUUUGAAUAAGGCGGCUACACUGCCUUUAAAGACAUCAAUGACCAACUUUAAUUCUGGGAUGCCCUCCCCCUUUACAUUUCGCAAAACGAACGCAUUGACGAAUUCAUCAAGAACAAUGGAACAAUCCCCAUUAUCAAUAACAACGUCUUCCGCAUUAACUUGCACGACGGUGCCUAAAACCUCUAUUUCAACCUUAUCCACAACAACGCUACAGCCGUCGCUUUUGAAAGACCCGAAAAUGACAACGGUUUCAUCAGGAGCAACUGCAAACAUGAAGAUAAAAGAGUCACCAUCAUCUCCAGCUGUGGCGACUCAAGUCUCCAAGUCGAAUACAUCAUCUGUUUCAUCAACCAAAGAAACAUCAGGUACGUCCAAGAAAGUGCCUACUUCAAAAACAAUACCAGACAAAUCAUCGGAUAAGAAAUCCUCAAGCUCCCCACCAGACUCUAAUAAUGAGAGUGUGACAAAACCUAAAGCAAUUCAAUCGUCUGACAGAAAGGAGGCAACUGGGACACCCAAAUCGUCACCCAAGAAGGCCAAAUCAGCAAAAAGCUCCAAAGACUCUAAAGAGAAAGACACAAAAGGUAUGAAGUCCUCUUCAGGAACUUCAAAUAAUGAAAAAGGUGCAAAAGCUAAACCGAUUUCGGAUUCAAAAACAUCACAAUCGCCUGGUAUGAAAGAAAUUUCCGCUGGAACUUCAAAUUCUUCAUCGAAGAAAACUAGUUCAUCAAGCAGCAGUAGUAAAGACUCUAAAGAGAAGAAAACAGGAAGUCAAGACACAAGAAAGGAACCAGAGGUUGUAUCUAGCUCUGGUCGAGAUAAUUCACAAAAUCACGUUCAAAUUCACAAGAAAACGGAAGAGAUAAAACAAAACCCACAGAGUGCAGCUAGCUCUCGGAAACCACCUUCAACGAAAGAAAUUUCGAGUGAAACAAACGAAAAGGCAACAAAAACAGUAUCACUACACAGUGAAAGUAAUAAAACCGAUGUUGUGAGAAGGAAUGAACAUUCGGACGUUUGUAGAAGCGUCAAGGCUACGGAGCCUUUGUCUUCUGAUACCAAGGAAAUAGGUAACACUGUACCCAGUGGGAAAAGUAGAACAAGAGACUCCAAUAUAAUCGAAUCUACUAGGAUAUAGCAACUGUCAUUGUGUGUUGUCAAUGAAGUGUUGGCAUUUCUGGUAGAACAAAAAUAAUAUCCAAAACAAUCUUAAUACUGAGGUUUCAUCAAUAUUCGUUGAAUACCAAUUUUCGUGGAUUUCGUUGUUAAGUUUAUCCAUGAAAAAAAAUGUUCAUUGAAGUGCAAUUUCUACUAACAUUUUGUAUUGAUAGGAUCAUUGGCCACGAAUUUAUGUAUCCUUGAAACUGAGGUUUGCACUUUAACCACGAAAAUUGAUACCCUUGAAUAUUAAUGAAACCACAGUAAUACACCUGUAUGCAUAAUUUAAAGAAGAAAAAAAUGAAACAAUUUAAUAUGUACUUUUAAACGGUCACGUGAAGAUAUAAGCAUCAUCGAUUCUUAAAUGCAUGUACAUGUAUAUUAUAAGUGUUAUUCACAUAAAGGUUUUCAAAUAAGAUACAUUUUAAACUUAUAUACAUGUUAUUGGAUUUAAGAAGUUAUUAAAAUACGAAAUAUAUGUAAUAUUUGACUUUCAUAUUCUUAAAAGGUUAUCAUCAAAAGUACUGUUGGCGUUUUCUCAUUAUGUCGUUUGUGAAUUUGCUUUUAACUAUUUCAAAACAUUUAAACAGGGUUCAGAAAGUGGUUUGUACCAAUUUUGGCGGUGAAUGCCAAACAUAACUCAAAAGGCCUUAAUAUAAUUUUAUAGCUAAAACACUUAAAACACUUCAAAAACUGUUGACAGGCAGAUAUUAACAAAAUGUCACAUUUAAAUAUUUAUAUCAUAAAUUAUGCAGAAAUAGAAACAGUCUUUUCUGUUUUAUUUUGGAAAUACUAAAACGUUUGCAGUAAAUUAUGAUAUAUUCGCAAAUAAAUUUUACCGAGUAUUAAAAACCCCGAGGUGAAUCGAAGAUUUGUUUGGUAUUUUCGAUACCUUAAACCAAAGAAAUGGACAAAUUAGGCGGGAAAAUGCCAGUUGUACAAACAAAGAAAUAAUUUUUUUAUACACAUGUAGUUGUGAAAAUAAAA